AUUAAAAUACACACACACACGCACGCACGCACACACACACACACACAUACACACACAUACAUACACACCCUAUCUCCACGGAUACUAAACUUAUACACAACACCGCGUCCAUCAUAGCCUUGAAACAUCGGGCUUGAACAUCAUCAUAUACCACGCGUUUUUCCGUGGAAUGAGCAUUCCAUGCAGUAUUUUAGGUAUGAAUGACGUGGCCUGGCAGGAGACACGAGGCGGGAUGUUGCACACAAAUGGUGCACCAGAGACUGGAGGGGUCAGGGUCCAUGCAGGGGGUCCUUUAGCCACAGUAGGAGGUGCUGGGCAGGGACCUGGGGGAGCUCACCCUCUACCAGGUAUGGACCGGGUGGCAAAUCCCAACCCUGGCACCCCUCAGCCUCCACUGAGUGGACGUUCCCAAGAUGAUGCCACUGUGGGCUAUUUUUUUCAAAGGCAGCCUGGGGAGCAGUUAGGUGGCUGCAUUGCAAGCAAACACCGCUGGCCCACUGGAGAUGGAAACCAUGUUGACCAGGUGCGCACUGUGGAUGAGAUGAAUUAUGACUUUCAAGCCUUAGCUCUGGAGUCUCGUGGAAUGGGUGAGCUACUUCCUGCAAAAAAAUUGUGGGAAUCAGAUGAAAUGGCCAAAGAUGGACGCAAAGGGAUGUUGCUGGGUGAAGAAUGGAGAGAGAAUGCCUGGGGUGCUUCCCAUCAUUCUGUUUCUCAGCCCAUUAUGGUGCAAAGGCGACCAGGCCAGAGCUACAACGGGAAUGGAGAUGCAAGCUCGGUACUGUCCCCUCGCUCAGAGGGGGGUGGUCUAGGUGUGAGUAUGGUGGAGUAUGUCCUCAGUUCUUCCCCUGGAGACAAGAUGGAUGGUCGCUACAGAAAUGGAGGCUAUGGUGGAGCAGAUGCAGAUCCAGAUGGCAGGGAGAAAGGUGAUUCAAAAGAUAAGGCUUCUCCAUUUGAAGAAGACAAAAGUCCUGAGAUGAAAGCCGUUGAUGAAGGGGAUGCCUCAAAAGCAAAUUCCAGAGGAUUGCUGAAUGGGAUGGAUCGUGACUGUAAAGAGUUUAACCCUACUCCAGGCAGUCGCCAGGCUUCCCCCACAGAGGCAGUAGAACGGUUGGGCCCUAGUCAGGCUGGGUUGGAAAUGAUGGCACAGCACCACCCGCAUACUCUGCAGCCACCCAACCCUGCCACAAACAAACCUCCCACUGAGGACUUCCAGAGCCAGGAAGCCCAGAACUUGGGCAGCAUGGAGCAUCAGGCAAGCAUGGAGUCGCUCCAGUUUGACUAUGCUGGGAACCAGAUCCAGGUGGAUUCAUCUGGUGCUCCAGUCGGCCUGUUUGACUACAACUCCCAACAGCAGUUGUUUCAGAGAUCCAGUCAUCUUACGGUUCAGCAGUUGACAGCGGCACAGCAGCAACAGUACGCCCUUGCUGCAGCCCAGCAACAACACCUUGGCCUUGCACCUGCGUUUGUGCCAAACCCUUACAUCAUCAAUGCUGCACCUCCUGGAGCAGAUCCUUACACCGCUGCAGGGUUGGCAGCAGCUGCCACACUUGCAGGUCCAGCUGUAGUGCCUCCUCAGUACUAUGGAGUACCAUGGGGAGUGUAUCCAGCCAACCUCUUUCAACAACCGGCUGCAGCUGCUGCCAGUCAUUCCGCCAACCAGCAGGCGUCUAAUCAGGGUCCAGGACCGGGACAACAGGUGAUUCGUGCAGGGACCAAUCAGCGACCUUUGACCCCUGGCCAGAGCCAACAGAGUCAGCAGGAGUCUCUUGCUGCAGCUGCUGCAAACCCAGCACUAGCCUUCACAGGCAUGCCAGGAUACCAAGUUCUAGCACCGGCUGCUUACUAUGAUCAGACUGGAGCACUGGUUAUGGGUCCUGGUGCUCGCACCGGCCUGGGUGGACCUGUCCGACUGGUCCAAACCCCUCUCCUCAUCAGCCCAGCAGCAGCACAAGCUGCUGCAGCUGCAUCUGCAUCAGGUUCUGGCAACAGCAUGUCUGGUCCUGCUAAUGGUCUGUACCGGUCCAUGGGUUGCCAACAGCCCCAGCAGCCUCAACCUCAGCAGCAGCCACCUCCACCCUCUAGUGGCCUGCCUUCCAACUCCUUCUAUGGCUCUGGUUCAGUGGCAUCCAGCUCCCAGAGCAGCUCGCUAUUCUCUCAUACAAGCGCAGCGCCUCCUAGUACCUCUCUGGGUUUCAGCAGCACUGGUGGAUCUCUAGGUGUUGGGCUAGGCUCUGCACUUGGUGCCUUUGGCUCCUCAGUAUCAAGUUCCACUACCAGCAACGCAACUCGUCGGGACUCCCUGUUGGCCAGCUCUGAUCUGUAUAAGCGUGGUGGUGGUAGUAGCUUGACACCCAUUGGCCAGUCUUUUUACAACAGUUUAGGAUACUCUUCCUCCCCCAGCCCAAUUGGACUGACGCCUGGUCACUCCCCUCUGACACCUCCACCCUCACUGCCAUCCUCUCAUGGGUCCUCAUCCAGCCUCCAUCUGGGUGGUCUGACUAAUGGCAGUGGUCGUUAUAUUUCGGCUGCACCGGGAGCAGAAGCAAAAUACAGGAGUUCAGGCAGUACCUCCAGUCUUUUUAGCUCUAGCAGUCAGCUCUUUCCCCCACCACGAGCCCGCUACAGCCGCUCAGACGUCAUGCCUUCAGGACGUAGCCGCUUACUAGAAGACUUCAGGAAUAAUCGCUUUCCCAACUUGCAGCUGCGAGACCUACCUGGUCACAUGGUAGAGUUCUCUCAAGACCAGCAUGGAUCCAGGUUUAUUCAGCAAAAGCUAGAACGUGCAACUCCUGCAGAGAGACAGAUGGUGUUUGGGGAGAUCCUACAGGCUGCUUACCAACUCAUGACUGAUGUCUUUGGGAACUAUGUCAUACAGAAGUUCUUUGAGUUUGGCAGUGCAGAUCAGAAACUGGCACUUGCGACCCGUAUCCGUGGCCAUGUGUUGCCGCUGGCUCUGCAGAUGUAUGGUUGUCGUGUGAUUCAAAAAGCUCUGGAAUCCAUCUCUUCAGACCAGCAGGUAAUUAGUGACAUUGUACGGGAGUUGGACGGUCACGUGCUGAAAUGUGUCAAGGAUCAGAACGGAAAUCAUGUGGUGCAGAAAUGUAUUGAGUGUGUCCAGCCCCAGGCUCUUCAGUUCAUCAUCGAUGCCUUUCAGGGACAGGUGUUUGUUUUGUCCACUCAUCCGUAUGGCUGCAGGGUGAUCCAGCGUAUCCUGGAGCACUGUACCCAGGAGCAGACCCUACCCAUCCUGGAAGAACUCCACCAGCACUCAGAGCAGCUGGGACAGAAGUAUCAAGGCGUUUCAUUGGAGAUGGCCCCCAAAACAUAUUAUACAGUGUCCAGCGAUGCACUGUUCAAGGAUCAAUAUGGUAAUUAUGUGAUCCAGCAUGUUUUGGAGCAUGGACGUCCAGAAGACAAGAGCAAGAUAGUGGCGGAGGUCAGAGGGAAGGUUCUGGCUUUGAGCCAGCAUAAAUUUGCAAGUAAUGUUGUAGAGAAGUGUGUGAUUCAUUCUUCCCGUGCGGAGAGAGCACUGCUGAUCGAUGAAGUCUGCUGUCAGAAGGAUGGCCCUCAUAGUGCCCUCUACACCAUGAUGAAGGACCAGUAUGCAAAUUAUGUAGUGCAAAGAAUGAUUGACAUGGCUGAACCUGCCCAGCGCAAGAUCAUCAUGCACAAGAUUCGGCCUCAUAUUGCCACUCUCCGUAAAUACACAUAUGGAAAACACAUCCUGGCUAAGUUGGAGAAGUACUACAUGAAGAGUGGAUCAGACCUAGGUCCUAUUGGGGGCCCCACCAAUGGCCUAAUGUAAGAGCCUCCCAUCCAACCCAUGUCCCUUUCCCUCAAAACCACAUCUGUUAUGGGCAUCUCCUCCCAUGGAGUUCAUACCCAAGGGGAUUUACCCAAAGAAAAGGAAAAGAAUAGAAGUUGGCCUCACCUAAUGCUGAGACGUCUGAUGAGUCGCUGAUGCAAUUCCUGGUGAAGUCCCCAUUGUUACCUCCACCACCCCCCACUCGAGAGUGCAUGGUCUAUAAGCUGUUUCCUGGGUAAAGCACAACACCCUUGUUCAUGAUGUAAUUGAUGUAACUGACUGUUUCCUUCUUUCUUUUCUAGUAUAUAUCUUGUACAUUUUUUUACCUUGUACAUUCUCUGUAGAAAAAAUGUUUGCCGAAAAUUUACAGUUCUUACAAUAUACACCAGCAAGUGACUUUAUAAGGCCAAACUGAGUGAUCCUUUUUAAAUUAACUUUAUAGUCUCUUUUUGUUUUUUUUGGGUUUUUUUUGGUUGUUUUUAUAUCCAUACUUCUUGAUGGCACAUUCACAAAUAGUGGUACAUUUAAGCCCUGUUUUAGCCUGAUGGUACACAUGCCAAAGCUGCUGAUGAAAAAUAAUGAACCAGUCAGCUUGAUCAUAAAAAGUCUUGCUUGUAGGUGAGCACUUUUAUCUGCCGUGCCAUUGAGUUAGUUGCGUUAAGAUACAUUCUCAACCAAUCAUACAGCUUUUCUUUUUGAAGUGGCUUCAGUUUCCAUCUAUUUUGUUCUUUUCCUGAAUCAUAUGCGCACGGUAUUUGAUUAACUGCUUUUUGUUUGUUUCUUUUUUGUUUUUUUUAAAGCUUGUGUUUGCAGUGUACUAUACAUCCCACUGACCAAGUCUGUUGCACACUUAUUGUCUUGUUUCGAAUGAAUUUUAAGGACACCAGUGCAUCUGCCAUUGUACCCAGAUAUUAGUUAUGGAAAAAAUAUGGAUUUUUUUAUUUUUUUAUUUUAGGGUGCGUGGGAGGUAUGCAAGGUGUGCAGGAAGUAGAGAGAUUUGGCAUGCUGUGUCUGGAUUUAAUGUUUUAAUGAAAUAAUUUUUUUUGUCAUCAUGUUUGUGAAACAUCUGUUGUAGUUGUUUUUUUUUUUGUUUUUGUUUUUUGAACACUGCCCUAGAAAUGGUAUGGAUGGACUGAUUAUCAUCUCUUUACAUUGUAAUAGCUUAGGCAAAAUGUAUAGCAUCUUCAUGUACAAGUACAAAUAUUAAAUUGUUGCUGUUUUUUGGGGUGUGGGGAAGACGGCAGUUGGGUUAUAGAUGAUGCUCUCAUGGGCAGGCGAAGUUGGUAGGUGAUGUCCCUGUCCUUGGAGUCAUCCAAGGACGUUUGGCUUUGGAGCAAGUAGGACAGAUUUGAUUUCAUGAACGUGAGACAUUGCGGGGUAGGAGCAAAUGUGCAGCAUUCAGAAGUGUAGAUUGAGAAUGUGCAAAAGUAUACUUUUCAGACAAUGGACUUGGGUUGCCGUCUUCUGCUGCACAGUUUUUCUGUAUGGCUAAUAUAUUAAUGGCUUUUGUUCCUUUGCUUCAUAUGAAUAAAUGUAGAAUACAUGUAGUAUAUGUGGAGUUAUUAAGUGUAAGUUUAUUAGUUAAAUAGAAGAAAAUCUAGUCGUGAUGUUGGACAGGCCUUGCUAAAUUGCAUAGUGAUUUGCUUUUAUUUUGUCUGUACAGUUGUACAUUUGUAAACGUUAACGCUGUAAAUGGAAUGUCUUUUACACUUUUGGGGAAGAAAAAUCAAAAAUGUGCAUUUUGAUGUGUAAUAUUCAUCACUCCUUUCCCUUUGAAUAUAAUGUAUACAGUUUUCUUGGAACAAGCGUUAUUUUAAAAACAAAAGCAAAAAAACACUUUUUAUGCGUCACAAUCUCAAGAUGGUUUUGUUUUUAAUCAGUUCUUGGAAAAGGUCAGCCUCUUUAUGUACCUGGAGCAAUGACAACUUCUGUUAACAUGGUCAUUUUGACAUGUGGCAGUUGAAUAAAAUAACUACAAAUUUAUGAAUUAAAAAAAAAACAAACAAACAUGGGGCUGUCUUUGGUUCUACCUGCUGCCAUGGAAAUUUCACAGGACAGGGCAAGAAUUAUUUUUGUAUAAAGGAGUGCUGUAUUUUGGAGCAGCCACUAACUUGUAAGCAAAGUAAUUGUAAGAUAUUGUCAAUUAUAUAAAUAUGAACAUAUGAGUUUUGUCACACUGUCAAAGUCAUGUACAUUUUCAGGUGGCCUUAUGUACAUUUCCAGAUGUUAGAUGAGAAAAUAACUUUUUUUUUUUUUGAAACAGAAUUGUGACUAUGUAUGAUUAAACUGUUCUUCUAACAUUUGA